AUGAAACGUGUACACACACUUCUCUUGGGUGGUACUGCAAUUACAAAACUACCCACAUCAAUUGAGCAUUUGACUAAUCUUGAUUCAUUGAGUUUAUGGGAUUGCAAAAAUCUUGUGUGUUUACCUAGCACCAUUUGUAAUUUGAAGUUGGUUAGAUUAGUCGAUCUUUACGGAUGCUCAAAACUAAAUAGACUGCCAGAGAACCUAGGGAAUGCCGAAAGUCUAGAGCGGUUGUACGUGAGCAGAACUGCUAUAAGAAAGGUCCCUUCUUCCAUUGGUCUCUUAAAGAAUCUUAAAACACUGUCUUUCAAUGAAUGUAAGGGGUUAUCAUCGUCGUCAUCAUCUUAUAAAUUGUGGAAUGAGCUCCUCCCUUUUUAUUCAAUGCCAAGAAGUCCUGAUCCCAUGGACGUGCUAUUCUCUUCUUUAUCAGGUGCAUGUUCUUUGACCGGCUUGAACUUAAGCGAUUGCAAUCUCAAGGUAAUAUCUGAUGAUAUUGGUUCCUUAUUCUCUUUAGAACUUUUGGAUCUAAGUGGAAAUGAUUUUGUUUUCCUUCCGGAAAGCAUCAUUCAACUUUGGAAAUUGAAAUGGGUGGUGUUGGAUAAUUGCACUAGUCUUCAAUUGUUGCCAAAGCUUCCAUUGAAUAUUGAAUCCAUUUAUGCCGAAGGUUGUGUUUCACUGGAAAUGUUACCAGAUCAAUUAAAAUCAAUAGAUUUAUUGGAACCAUCUCUCUUUCUUCACAAUUGCUUUAAAUUGGCUGACAAUCAAAGCUGCAUAGACUGGUUUAUCUUAGGGAUAAAAAAGUCCCUUAAGAUCUCUCUCUCUCCCACUGAGAAAUAUGAAAUUGUUAUUCCAGGAAGUGAAAUGCCAGAGUGGUUUAGGCACCAAAGCAUGGGGGCUGAAGUGAAUAUAAAACAACCCUCUCAUUUGUAUAAUGAGUGGAUGGGAAUUGUUGUUUGCAUUGUGUUUUGUUCACAUGAUGUUGAUCACCAAAUCAGUUGCUUAAUUCCCCUGUACUGUUCAUUGACAGCCAAUGGAAAAAGAAUGUCUCCUGCACUAGGCAGUAGCUUAAUUCCUAAGGUUUUACCAGAUCACCUUUGGCUACUCUAUGUAACUCCUCAAUUCUUCGAUGAGAAAUCAAAUAAAUUAUUGUCUGAAAGUGAUGCGAAUGGAUUCACUCAGAUUGGAAUAAAAAUUGAAACAGGAGGUCCAGGUGAGGAGGUUAAAAAAUGCAGGUUCCGUAUGAUAUACAAUAAAGACAUAGAAGAUCUCGACCGAACAAUGGCCCAGCAUAGCAACAGCAGCAUCUCUCCUUAUGAGAGCAUGGCUAUGAUAGUGGAAUGUGACAAAGCCAAACGAAGUUGUGAUGAUUACGAUGGGGCUAGACUCAGUGGAGAAGGAAGCUCUAAUGACAUAUCAAACCCAAAAAGGAUUAAAAGGCACACAGAAACCCAUGGUAACUCUGAUUGUGAGGAGUUAAGUGAGUACAAGGAUUGUGAUGAGGAGUUAAGCGAUUGGGACGAAUCUAAUGAAAGUAACCCGGAUGGUUAA